UAAUAAUUCGGAGGAAAAAAGAAAAAACCCAACACUGUCGGUGGACUUCUGAUUUUCAUGCUGCUAGUUGCAGUGUCGCUUUCUUCAUUUCGCAAGCAAAUUUCUUAUAAAAAAAUAUGACCAACAUCACAUCACAUACACAUUCAUUUACAGCUAUUAUACACUUCUCUCUGUCAUUCUUUAUUUAAUUAUUUAUUAUUAUGUCUAAUCUAAAUAAACAAAUACACAAAACAGAAACCAGGAAAUAAAUACAGAGACAACGCAAGAACAGAGAGAGAGAGAGAGAGGUGUUAGGUUGUUGCAUUGUAUUGUUUGGAUAAACAAAUCUGUCUGUUUAUUUCUUGUUGCCUUCUCACUGUAAAAUCAAGCUUUAGUUUGAGCUGUGCAAGUAUCGGAAGUAUAAAUAGUUACCUUUUGAAGUGGAAGCAAACCAAAAGGCAGCAUUGUUUUGCAACUUCUUGCAUAUUUAGGAAUGCAUAAAUUAUUUUGAGCCUGAACUGCUAUUUCUAUCCAUUGUUCGUAUCUGGGCAGAGGACGGGUGUCAAUGGAAUCUGAAGGUGAAACUGGGGCAAAGCCCGUAAAGAGCGUAGGCAGACAGGUCUGCCAGAUCUGCAGUGACAAUGUUGGCACAACUUUGGAUGGUGAUCCAUUCGUUGCUUGCAAUGUUUGUGCAUUUCCAGUGUGCAGGCCUUGCUAUGAAUAUGAAAGGAAGGAUGGAAAUCAGUCUUGCCCACAAUGCAAAACCCGAUAUAAGAGGCAGAAAGGUAGCCCUGCUAUUCUUGGUGAUAGAGAAGAAGAUUGUGAUGCUGAUGAUGGGGCCAAGGAUUUCAAUUAUCCUACAGAAACUCAAAACCAGAGACAGAAGAUUGCAGAGCGCAUGUUAAGCUGGCAGAUGAAUUAUGGACGAGGGGAGGAUGAUGUCGGAGCUCCAAAGUAUGAUAAAGAGGUUUCUCAUAAUCAUAUUCCUCUGCUCACCAAUGGACAUGAGGUUUCUGGAGAGCUAUCUGCUGCAUCACCUGAACAUGUUUCUAUGGCAUCUCCUGGAGUUGGUGGUGCAAAACGCAUCCAUACCCUGCCUUAUGCAGCCGAUAUCAAUGCCUCACCUAAUCCGAGAGUUGUCGAUCCAGUGAGGGAGUUUGGCUCGCCAGGAUUGGGCAAUGUUGCAUGGAAAGAGAGAGUUGAUGGAUGGAAGAUGAAACAGGAUCCUGUGAAGAAUGUUAUUCCUAUGAGUAGUGGCCAAGCUCCAUCUGAGAGGGGUGUUGGAGAUAUUGAUGCCAGCACUGAUGUACUUGUGGAUGACUCUCUAUUGAAUGAUGAAGCCCGGCAACCUCUUUCAAGGAAGGUUUCAAUUCCAUCAUCCAGGAUUAAUCCCUACAGAAUGGUCAUUGUUCUGCGGCUGAUUAUCCUCUGCAUUUUCUUGCACUACCGAAUCACAAACCCUGUGACUAAUGCAUAUGCUUUGUGGUUAAUAUCUGUGAUAUGUGAGAUUUGGUUUGCUAUAUCCUGGAUAUUGGAUCAGUUCCCUAAAUGGCUUCCCAUAAACCGUGAAACAUAUCUUGACAGGCUUUCGUUAAGAUAUGAUCGUGAAGGAGAGCCAUCACAAUUAGCUGCUGUUGACAUUUUUGUCAGUACUGUGGACCCAUUAAAGGAACCUCCUCUUGUGACGGCGAAUACUGUGCUAUCUAUUCUUGCAGUUGAUUAUCCAGUUGACAAGGUCUCUUGCUAUGUCUCUGAUGAUGGUGCCGCAAUGUUAACAUUUGAAGCUUUGUCUGAGACUUCAGAGUUUGCUAGGAAAUGGGUACCUUUUUGCAAGAAAUAUAACAUUGAGCCACGGGCCCCAGAAUGGUACUUUACACAGAAGAUUGAUUACUUGAAGGAUAAAGUGCAAACAUCAUUUGUAAAAGAGCGGAGAGCUAUGAAGAGAGAAUAUGAAGAAUUUAAAGUUCAUAUCAAUGGGCUUGUUGCAAAGGCACAAAAGAUUCCUGAAGAAGGAUGGAUUAUGCAAGAUGGUACUCCAUGGCCAGGAAACAACACCAGAGAUCAUCCAGGAAUGAUUCAGGUUUUCUUAGGCCAAAAUGGAGGUCUUGAUGCUGAGGGUAAUGAACUGCCACGACUAGUUUAUGUUUCUCGUGAAAAGCGUCCAGGGUUCCAACACCACAAGAAAGCUGGUGCUAUGAAUGCACUUGUCAGGGUAUCAGCUGUCCUUACUAAUGGACCUUUCCUGUUGAAUCUUGAUUGUGAUCACUACAUAAACAACAGCAAGGCUUUGAGAGAAGCUAUGUGUUUCCUGAUGGAUCCAAACCUUGGGAAACAAGUAUGUUAUGUUCAGUUUCCCCAGAGGUUUGAUGGUAUUGAUAGGAAUGAUCGAUAUGCCAACCGCAAUACUGUUUUCUUUGAUAUAAACUUGAGGGGUUUGGAUGGCGUACAAGGCCCUGUUUAUGUGGGUACUGGAUGUGUCUUCAAUAGAACAGCCUUGUAUGGUUAUGAACCUCCUCUCAAACCCAAGCACAAGAAACCUGGGUUACUAUCUUCUCUCUGUGGUGGAUCACGAAAGAAGAAUUCAAAAUCAAACAAAAAGGGCUUAGAUAAAAAGAAAUCUGGGAAGCAUGUGGAUCCCACUGUGCCAAUUUUCAGCUUGGAAGACAUAGAAGAGGGAGUUGAAGGUGCUGGAUUUGAUGAUGAGAAGUCACUUUUGAUGUCACAAAUGAGCCUGGAGAAAAGGUUUGGACAGUCUGCUGUUUUUGUUGCCUCAACACUCAUGGAGAAUGGUGGUGUUCCCCAGUCUGCAACAUCAGAAACUCUUCUUAAAGAGGCUAUUCAUGUUAUCAGCUGUGGGUACGAGGACAAAACGGACUGGGGAAGUGAGAUUGGAUGGAUCUAUGGUUCUGUUACUGAAGAUAUUCUUACUGGAUUCAAGAUGCAUGCUCGUGGUUGGCGGUCAAUUUACUGCAUGCCUAAGCGUCCAGCCUUUAAAGGGUCUGCUCCUAUCAAUCUUUCUGAUCGUCUGAAUCAAGUUCUUCGAUGGGCUUUAGGUUCUGUGGAAAUUCUUUUCAGUCGGCAUUGCCCGAUUUGGUACGGUUAUAGUGGUAGACUGAAAUGGCUUGAGAGGUUCGCAUAUGUAAACACCACCAUUUAUCCAGUCACAGCCAUCCCCCUUCUCAUGUACUGCACACUUCCAGCUGUGUGUCUGCUUACAGACAAGUUUAUUAUUCCACAGAUCAGUAACCUUGCAAGUAUAUGGUUUAUAUCACUCUUUCUUUCCAUUUUCGCAACUGGUAUUUUGGAGAUGAGAUGGAGUGGUGUUGGAAUCGAUGAGUGGUGGAGAAACGAACAGUUUUGGGUUAUUGGUGGUGUUUCUGCCCAUCUCUUUGCUGUUUUCCAAGGCCUGCUCAAAGUUCUUGCUGGCAUUGACACAAACUUCACGGUCACCUCCAAGGCAUCAGAUGAGGACGGCGACUUUGCUGAACUUUACAUGUUCAAAUGGACAACACUUCUAGUCCCACCAACAACACUCCUCAUCAUAAACUUCAUUGGUGUUGUUGCUGGAAUAUCUCAUGCCAUCAACAGCGGAUACCAGUCAUGGGGUCCUCUCUUUGGCAAACUUUUCUUUGCGUUUUGGGUGAUUAUCCAUCUUUAUCCUUUCCUCAAAGGACUGAUGGGUCGUCAGAACCGGAUGCCAACCAUUGUGGUCGUCUGGUCUAUUCUACUGGCAUCCAUUUUCUCUUUGCUGUGGGUGCGGGUUGAUCCGUUCACUACAAGAGUAACUGGUCCAGAUGUUGAGCAAUGUGGAAUCAACUGCUAAAAAGAGAAACCUUGAGACACUACAAUACAAUCCCCUAUCCUUUGCAUGCAAUCCUCGUAAAGAAAUGUGCCCUAUUUUUGUACCCUUUUCGUUAUUCUGUCUGUAUUUAUAUAAUGUGCAGAAUACAUAUAUAUGUAGGUGAGUUAUUUAAAGUUAAAUUUGUUGUUCCAUGAGUGAUCACUGUAACAUUGUGGAUAUGAACUUGUGGACUUGUAAAACAAAGAUUCUAUUUAAUUUUGUAACUUUUAUGUAUUAGAAAGGAAAUGCUGCAUUUAUUUAUUUA